AUGCGGGAAGAUGUAGACUCGUUCGUGCGGACUUGCCUUGUAUGCCACCAAGACAAGACCUUGCAGAAGCAGCUAGGUGGGUUGCUAGAGCCACUUCUUGUUCCAACCAGACCAUGGGAGAGUUUGUCCAUGGACUUCAUCGUGAGUCUAUCCAAGUCAGAAGGGUGUGGCUCAAUUUUGGUGGUGGUCGAUAGGUUCACCAAGUAUGCUACCUUCAUCCCCACACCGGCAGAUUGCAACGUGAAAGAAGCUGCACGCUUGUUUCUAAAGCAUGUGGUGAAGUAUUGGGGAACCCCAAGAGUAUUAUCAGUGACCGUGACACUUGCAUCACUGCGAUUGGAGUCGACAGGGUCAAGUCCUUUUGAGUUGGUAACUAGACAACAACUUAUGACACCGAACACAGUGGGGUCAGGCUACACGGGGAGUAGCCCUGCUACAUACAAGACGGCCAAGGAUUGGCAGGUGACUAAUGAGCUAGCUCGAGCUCAAUUGGAGAAAGCAACUCGGAAGAUGAAGAAAUGGGCAGACAAGCAUCGACGAGAUGUCAUGUUCCAACCAGGUGAUACGGUCUUUGUGAAGCUCAAUCCCUCUCAACACAAGUCCACUAGAAAGAUUCAUCCAGUGUUUCACGUGAGCAACCUCAAGCCCUACCAUCCUGACCUCGAGGAGCCAAGUCGUGGGGAGUCUCAACAAGCUCUACCUUUAAUGGUGACUUCAUUUGAUAGGGAGGUCGAGUGCAUCAUGGACAAGCGUGAGGUGCAAAGCAAAGGUGUACCAAGGUACUUUGAGUACUUUGUCAAAUGGAAGGGUCUGCCAGAGUCCGAAGGUAAUUGGGAGAAAGAAGAGUCCUUGUGGCAAUACAAGGACAAGAUCGAAGCAUUCGAACAAGAAGGAACUACCUCGGUGACGAGGACGUCACGUCACCGGAUUAGGUGA